UAAUAUAAUAAUAAUAAUAAUGUAGUUAGGCAUGAAUGAUGAGAAAUUAACCAGAGCUGCAGAGCAUAUACGUGUUCAAAGAUAACUUGAGAGAGACGAAAUCCUGUAGUUCCGAUUUGAUCAGAAUACCAUACUUCGACUGUAUAUUCGAAUGGCGACGGUGGCGAUAGAAACUCGGCAGGCGGAUGAGGCGAAGAACCACCACCACCAAAGCGCGUCGGGCGGCGGAGAAGGGCUUCGGCAAUACUAUCAGCAACGUAUACAGGAUCUGCAGCUACUAGUCCGCCAGAGAGACAACGAUCUUCAGCGUCUUGAAGCUCAGCGCAACGACCUCAAUGGCCGAGUGAGAUCACUGAAGGAGGAACUGCAGCUUCUUCAGGAGCCUGGAUCAUAUGUUGGGGAAGUUGUCAAAGUUAUGGGAAAAUCAAAGGUCUUGGUCAAGGUCCAUCCUGAAGGAAAAUAUGUUGUUGAUAUUGACAAGAACAUUGAUAUCACUAAGAUUACACCCUCGAUGAGGGUUGCUUUACGCAAUGACAGCUAUGUUCUCCACUUAAUCUUGCCUAGUAAAGUCGAUCCAUUGGUGAACCUCAUGAAAGUUGAAAAAGUUCCAGACUCUACUUAUGACAUGAUUGGUGGUCUUGAUCAGCAAAUUAAAGAGAUAAAGGAGGUGAUUGAACUUCCAAUAAAACAUCCAGAAUUGUUUGAGAGUCUUGGAAUUGCCCAACCCAAGGGAGUCUUGCUCUACGGGCCUCCAGGAACAGGUAAAACACUGCUUGCAAGGGCUGUGGCUCACCACACUGACUGCACUUUUAUUCGAGUUUCGGGCUCUGAAUUAGUCCAGAAGUACAUUGGAGAAGGCUCAAGGAUGGUUAGAGAACUUUUUGUAAUGGCCAGAGAGCAUGCUCCAUCAAUCAUCUUUAUGGAUGAAAUUGAUAGCAUAGGAUCUGCUCGCAUGGAAUCUGGAAGUGGCAACGGGGAUAGUGAGGUUCAGAGAACUAUGCUGGAGCUUCUCAAUCAGCUGGAUGGAUUUGAAGCAUCUAACAAGAUAAAAGUGUUGAUGGCAACCAAUAGAAUUGACAUUCUGGACCAAGCUCUUCUCAGGCCUGGAAGAAUAGAUAGGAAAAUUGAGUUCCCAAAUCCCAAUGAAGAGUCUCGGUUUGACAUCUUGAAGAUACACUCGAGGAAAAUGAAUUUGAUGAGGGGGAUUGAUCUGAAGAAGAUUGCUGAGAAAAUGAAUGGUGCGUCUGGUGCAGAACUUAAGGUAUGUUUGGGAUUUUUAGUUACAUUGGCCAGUUAGAAAGCAUUAAUUUCU